CUUAUGCGUAGCAAAACAAAGGAUAAUCUCUGUUUCCAAAGAACUGUUCGAAUAUUAUCUGUAGCCUAUUUAAGUAGUACUCUAUCAUAUAGAUCAGAAGUUCCGCGCUCUUCAAGUGUCAAUUAUUUAUUGGAGUUGUCACUAGACAUUUUGUUACGACUGUCUCCCAAACGCGUUGUCCCUGAAUUGACGGGAACAGCAAUAUAAAUGAAGAGGGACUUAACGUGACCGUAUUGAGCAGAGCACUUUCGCGUUUUGGUGCGCUGCGAAGGUGUGUGCCAAUUCAACUGCUGCCACCUCCAGGCAUUGAAUCCAAGUAAAUAUCGUCAGGGUGACUAGAGGAAUGGCUGCGGCAAACAACGGAUCAAACACAACUAGGACCUUUACAAAUCAGUUCGUACAACCGCCUUGGCGCAUCGUGCUAUGGUCGGUCGCGUACAGCCUUGUGCUCGCCGUGGCAGUUUUUGGGAACCUGAUAGUGAUUUGGAUCGUAUUGGCGCACAAGAGGAUGCGGACCGUGACAAACUACUUUUUACUCAACUUGGCUUUCUCUGACGCCUCAAUGGCCGCGUUCAACACGUUGAUUAAUUUCAUAUAUGCUGCUCACGGCAAUUGGUACUUUGGAGAAUCAUACUGCAAGUUCCACAACUUUUUCCCAGUCACAGCAGUGUUUUCAAGCAUCUAUUCAAUGAGCGCAAUAGCAGUCGACAGGUACAUGGCCAUCAUCCACCCGCUGAAACCCCGGCUGUCGGCCACAGCCACCAAGGUGGUGAUCUUGUGUAUCUGGGCGCUGGCCGUGGUGCUGGCCUUCCCCCUCUGCUUCUACUCCACCAUCCGCAUCCUGCCCCGCCGGACAAUCUGCUACGUGGCUUGGCCCCGUUCAUCAGAUGACUCCUUCAUGUAUCAUAUCAUUGUGACGGUGCUGGUGUAUGUGCUGCCCCUAGUGGUGAUGGGUAUCACCUACACCAUUGUGGGUGUGACGCUGUGGGGAGGAGAGAUCCCGGGGGAAGCAUCAGAUAACUACCACAGCCAGCUCACAGCCAAGAGGAAGGUGGUGAAGAUGAUGAUCAUUGUGGUGGUGACCUUCGCCCUCUGCUGGCUGCCGUACCACGUCUACUUCAUUGUGACGGGCCUCAACAAGGCUCUGAUGAGGUGGAAAUCCAUCCAGCAGGUCUAUUUGUCAGUGCUGUGGCUGGCCAUGAGCUCCACCAUGUACAAUCCCAUCAUCUACUGCUGCCUCAACAGCAGGUUCCGGGCGGGCUUCAAGCGGGCGUUCUGUUGGUGCCCGUUCGUCCGGGUAUCCAGCUAUGACGAGCUGGAGUUGCGCGACAACAACAUCCGCAACCGAUCUGGCCACCAGGGCAGCAUGUGCACCCUCUCCCGCGUGAACACUGGGACCAACAGCACCAACGAUCGCCACCACAGCAUCAAAAAGGCAGUCUCCAGCUGCCAUGGCAAUGCCAUUGUUAACAGAGAUAACAAUGGUAACCAUGGCAACCAACUGGUGGUAGCCAAGGCCAACCUUUACAGUGACCCUGAUGAUGUGGCCGACGAUCAGUUCUCCUGAGAUGUUUAUGAUGACCACGACCACCUUCUAGAAUGUUCACGAGUGGUUUGGAAAGUCGUUGUCAACAUUUCGCCUUCCAAACUGUCCCUCAAACAUUCCAAGCAAGCCUUUACAUUUUUAUUUUAUUUUACCAAGCAUAAGUAUUUCUUGUGAGUUUGUUGCAAACACGGUUGUUCCGUAUAAAGUAUUUUCUGCUGGCUU